AUGCAAGGGUCCACAGCAUGGCUUCUGCGCGCCCUCCUACUCGCUGCGUUGGCGGUGGCGGGCGCUGACGUCAUCUUUCGAGUUCCAACUGUCAUGGUACACCCAAUAUCAGUGCAGAAGCGUGUGGGUAUAGAGUCCGGCAAUGACAGUAAGGCAAACGACACCGAGGCGUGGGCGGAAAGCGAAGUGGAAGUGACUUACGAGGAGUACUUCGUAGAACAUGACGUCUCUACAGCUGACGCACGCGCCGCUGCUAUCGCCCUACGGCUGGAAGAUAUUCCUGCUAGUCCAGAAGGCUGCGGACCAUGCAGUCGGCGUGAGGUGGAGUAUUGCGAGACGCGAGUUGUAGCGGACCAUUGCUGCUGCGAGCGACGUUACCUGCCUGAACCCUUUCCUUGGCUGCCACACACAUGCUACAUGGGCCCACACCGCUGUCGCCCUUUGGCGCACGAUUGCGUUCGUUACGUACGUUUGCGGGACUGCUGCUGCUACCGCCACUUGGCCCAGCGGUGGAAGGCUAUCUUGUCACGUUCCAGCCGGGUCGCAGUGGGUGGCGUAUCGCUCUUAUUGCUCUCCAUGUUAUUGUUUGUGGCGUACUUGUGA